AUGUACAAGUUGUGCCAGGAAGAAGAGCAUAGACGGACAGAACCACCUCUCAGACGGCAGCUCUUGGUCCGAAACCUUCUUUUACAUUCACUCAUUGCUCCCGAACAACCAAACAAAGAACAGGUCUGGCUCGAUGCUUGUUUCGACGAGCUGGAUUGGAUCGAGGAUGAUGGUUACUAUCCAAACCACCCGGAGACUAUGAUUGAGAAUAACGAUAACGACGAUAUCCAAGCCUCUUUUGAAUACUCUUCUCAGCCUCCUCUGCCCCCUCCUCUUUCUCCUUAUUCUCCCUUUAUUACAGCGCCUACAGAAACAACAGAAGCAACAGAAGCAACAAGAGACGACUAUAUGAAUAGGUCUCAGCAGCACCAUAACCACCUUAACCAUCAUCUUAAUUUCAAUAAUCAUCAUCUUAAUCAUUUUAACCUUGAGAAUCUCCAGAAGUUUAAUAAUAACCGCACCAACACCAACAACAAUAACACCAAAACAAGCAGUGGUGGUGGAGGUGGUGGAGGAGGAGGAGAUCAUCGGUUUGUGCUUGCCUUACCUAUCGAAUACCUUCCUCCCAUAAUCACAGGUCUGUCUGACCUAACAUUUGGUCAAAAGGAAAUCAACCCCCCCUCACCCCACGCACACAUACAGAGAGAUAACUAG